AUGGGGACCAGAUCCCGCCUCCUGUCCUGUCUCUGGGUGAAGACGGCCUUGGGGGAGCGAGACAGGGGCUCCCCCGCCUUCUGGGCCACGGGCUGGCUGGGGCCGCAGCAGUACCUGCGCUACAGUGACCUGCGGGGCCAGGCCGAGCCCUUCGGGGCCUGGAUCUGGGAGAGCCAGCUGCCCUGGUACUGGGAGAAGGAGACGGCCGACCUGAGGGUCAAGCAGGCGCUCUUCCUCGAGGCCUUCACAGUCCUGGACGAAGGAGGUUCCUACGUUCUGCAGGGCCUGCUGGGCUGUGAGAUGGGCCCUGACAACUCCACGGCGGCCGUGGCCACGUUCGCCCUGAACGGCGAGGAGUUCAUGAAGUUCGACCCCAAGGCGGGCAACUGGGAUGGAGACUGGCCCGAGGCCCGGGCCAUCAGUCAGAAGUGGAGGCAGCACGAGGACGCCGUGUGGCAGGAGGGGCACUUCCUGCUGACCUCCUGCCCCCAGCGGCUGCUGGGCCACCUGGAGACCGGCCGCAGCAACCUGGAGUGGAAGGGUGAGCGGCCCCCGGAGGAAUCUGAUCCGGGAUCUGCGUCCCCGCGGCCCCACCUUAGGCCCCAUCCUCCUCCCACAGCCUCUUCCCUGGCCUCCCACCUGGCCGUGGGCCUGGGUGAGGUCCCGCGGGAUUCAUCAGCCAAGUCCUUGGUGCCAGUGGUUGGAAUCGUCAUCGGCUUCUUACUGCUCAUGGCAGUGGCUGCAGGCGGAGCUGUGCUGUGGUGGAGGAUGAAGAGGGGGCUGCCAGCCCCUUGGAUCCUUCUCCGUGGGGACGACCUCGGUGCCCUCCUGCCCACUGGGCCAAGCAAGGAUGCUGACUCUUAGGCUGUGACAGCAUCCUCAGCAGCUGCCUGACCACCCGCCGCCCUGGCUGUGACCAGCUAAGGCAGCCAGGGCUUUCCAUGCUGUGAGACCUCCCGGAAUCCUGUUAUUUCUGAGCCUCCAGAAGGAGCCCUGGGCCUGGUGUCCGCCCUCUGGAUUAUUCGUCCUGUGAUCAGCCUCAGUAUCCCCUCCUAAUAUAUAUGGCUCUUUUCCACAUUCACAUAUAACAUGAGUUUGGGCCUGAA